AUGUUCUCAACCCCUCAGCCUUACAAUAAAAAGUGCUAUUGCGCUGGAUGUAGUCAGAACGAACUAGUCUAUAGUUCUGUAGCCGGAAAAACUGCUCAGCGCCAUAACAAAAGAGCAAGAUUAGAUGCUAUAAGAUGUGAAAGUGGUACGCAAAGCACAGAAGAAGCGUGUGGUCAGACCAACUCACCUGCUUGGGAAGGAACCCCAGUGUCUGACGAUGAGAAUGUUCCAGUUACGAAUGAGGAGAUUCACAACAGCAAAUACAAUGGCGAUGAAAACAAAGAAAACGAUAAUGAAGAUGAAGAUGUUGUUAAGGUGGAGGUCGAGGAAUUUGUUAAUGAAGAUCCUUUUGCCCCCCCCCCGCCCGAUAUGCCUGAGAACCCAGUGCACAGGAUCAUUACUACUUUUGUGGUAAUGUUAGCUCUCCGCUAUGUGGUCAACAAAGGCGCUGUCAUCCUGAUAACGUUCAUCAAUAAGCUCUAG